CGCCCUGAGGGCAGGAAAAGGGUCCCAGAAAAAAUCAGAGGCAGCCUCAAGGAGUUUUUCUUCUCACACACUGGGAUGCUGAAGGUCUUGAGGAUGUGUAUCAUUGCAGGAGCGGUGUAUUGUUUCAUCGUUGGCCGAGCAGAGAACGUGCUUAUAGCAAUCACGAUUCAGGAAACCUUCAUCGUCUUAUUUUUUGUCAUAAUAUAUAUGGUAUCCCUUCAACACUUGCUGGUCUGUGUACACUGGCCUUUGCUUGAUCUUAUCAACAGUUGCAUGUCAGCUGUAUUCCUUGGGUUGAUUGGCAUAAGAACAAUUGAAGAAAAAGGAAGAAAGAAAUUGGUGUAUAUCGGAGGGGUCCUGUGCCUCUUUGCAUCAAUCCUGUGUGUCUUCGAUGCGUUGAUGGUUGUCAAGACGAUGAGGAGUAACAGGAAAAAGGCUCCAAGAAUAGUUCCCGCCACCGCCCCAUCGAGGCCCAAUCUACGCUGA